AUGCAUUGUCUGUUCAUUGAAUAUAUUGGCCAACAAUUGACCACUUAUUGCACCGAAAACAAUGUCUUCGUCGCUGUCUUCGCAUACCUAUGGCUCUCACUCUCGCGGGAGAUAUAUCUGACCACAAGACAGCUCAAUGUCUAUCGAUCGGCUAAACUGGUGCCCAAAGAGCUCAGACCCGACUUUGAUCUCAAGACAUUCAACAAAUGCAUUCAAUACAACAGUCUUAGGCUUCGGGUGUGGAUUGUGGCCGAUGUCUACCACCACUUGUUGACAGCUUUUGUCCUCUGGUUUCAAGUGAUACCACUUUUGUGGCGCAUUUCGGACCAAUUGUUGCCGCCUCUGGGCUUCGCCGCCAACAAUGAAUUGAUCCAAACGCUAGUCUUCGUGACGAUUGGAUCCCUAUUGUCGACAAUAGCGGAUCUGCCGAUCAGCCUUUACCGGACAUUCGUUGUCGAACAGAAGUAUGGGUUUAAUAAACAAACGAUCGGUUUCUACGCCAAAGACCGGCUCAUGAAGUUUGUGGUAAUGCAAACAAUAGUGGGCGCAGUCAUCGGCGCCGCGGUUUAUAUCAUCCAAAACGGCGGCCAAUACUUCGGUGUCUAUCUCUGGCUGUACUCGUUUGCUGUGACCCUCUUCCUGAUGACAAUAUACCCCGAUUUGAUCGCACCGUUGUUUGACUCGUUCACCCCUUUACCCGACGGACAGCUCAAGACUAGUAUCGAGCGAUUGGCCGAAAGUAUUGAUUUCCCGCUGAAGAAGAUAUAUGUGAUCAAAGGGUCCAAACGAUCGGCGCAUUCAAACGCCUACUUCUUCGGUAUCUAUAAAAACAAACAAAUCGUUUUAUACGACACACUCUUCCGUGACUUUCACACCAAUAAACGCCAAAAGGGAACCAAAAGUGCGGACACAAGCGAGUCGUCGUCGCACCAGAAGAUGGGCUGCACUGACGAAGAGAUCGUGUCGAUUAUGGCCCACGAGUUGGGCCACUGGUAUCUGAGUCAUGCGCUCAAGUAUUUGGCCGUCGCUGAGACCGUACUUCUCGUGUAUAUCACUCUCUACUCAAUGCUCUAUCAAAAUGAGGUCCUCUUCAGUGCGUUCGGCUUUGAGGACAAACGACCCGUUUUUGUCGGACUUUAUCUCAUGUUUCGGUUCGUGUUUUGGCCGUUGAAUGACUUGUUAUGGUUUGCGUUCAUGUGUUUGAGCCGUCGCUUCGAGUCGGGCGCCGACGCCUUCGAGAAGAGUAUGAAAAAGGGUCCACACAUGCGGUCGUCGCUCAUCCGACUCUUUAUGGAUAAUCUCGGCUCUCCUGUCAAUGACAACCUGUACUCGGCGUGGAAUCACUCGCACCCAACACUUCUUCAACGUCUUAAGGCUUUCAAAACUGAUUAA